AUAUUUUCUGUCAGUGUCAGUCAUUUGUCACACAUUGGUGGGGUUUGUUGACUUCAGCCAGUAUUAAAUCAAAUACCAAUAACGCGAGCUAUGUGUUGUGUAAGCGAAAGAAAGAAUUAAAAUUGGAAUUAUAGAAUUGAUUCGGACUAUCAAAACUAGAAUAUAGGAGACUUUAUUUAACAAUGCUAAAUUCAAUUUUUCGUGGUCUCUUGGGGACCGAAGAGGCGCCAACUAAGGUAUUAGAGGUGCGAUCAGACAACUACAUCUCAAGGCCAAUACAUUACCGAGAAGACUCAAUUUUAUUAUACGGACCAAAAAACCCGCCUGAUAGUAAAAAUUCUAAAGACAAAUAUUAUGAGAUAGUGCUUCAUAAACCUUUUACUGAGAGUUUACAUCAGAUGUACAGUUUAUAUCGAGCAAAAUCCAUUGAAGAUGCUGAGGAAAAAUUCAUUGUCUUCAAAGAAAGAAUACCAACUUUCAUUCAAAUAACAAAAGAGUGCACAGUGGCGAUACUCCAAAAGCUAUGCAACACAUUAUUGGAGCAUCAGUCAUGGACCAUCGCACAUUUAGCAGCUCAUUUUGGCCUGAAUGAACUGUUCAACUCUCCCGAAGUUCAGAAACAUAUUGACGAUAUUGAUUCGCAGACUGGAGCCACACCACUGAUGGUGGCUGUGAAGUCAUGUCAUGUGCGCUUGGUUCAAAGUUUAGUCUCUUUGAACUGCUCCUUAGACACGAUCGACCUUGAAGGCAACACCGUGUACCACUACGCGGCCGCCAGUAAUAAAGAAAUUAUUAAUGCCCUCGCUACAAAGAGCCCGUCCUCGCUGAACGUGUACAACAAGCAGGGCUACACGCCGCUGCACACGGCGUGCCUGGCGGACGCGCCGGACUGCGUGCGCGCGCUCAUGCUGGCGGGCGCCGACGUCAACCUGUCCGCCGCCAAGCGGACCACCAGCGCGCACCAAGGUCAAUUAACCUCAUUCACUUCUGCAUUUUUAGGCAUUGUCGGCGACCUAUUGCAGGAUAACCAACCGAAACUGUACCAGCAAGAUAUGAAACAUGGAGGGACGCCUAUACACUGGGCUAUAUCUCGCGAAGUUAUUGAAGCUUUAGUCGACAAGAACUGUGAUAUUAACGCCCUUAAUUUCGAUGGAAGGACAGCUCUACAUAUAAUGGUUUUGCGUGGUCGGUUGGAAUGUGCUAUAGCCUUAUUAUCCAGGGGUGCAGAACAUUCCAUUGGCGACAACGAAGGCAAUACUCCGUUACAUUUGGCCGUCAAACAAACGAACCUCUCCAUCGUUCAAGCUUUGAUUGUUUUCGGCGCUGAUCUGGAAGCUAAGAACAAUAUGGGGAACACGCCCAGACAUGUUCUACGUACGGAGAUGUCAAAUAGCAGCUAUGAUAGGAUAUUGUAUAUUUUGCAUGCUGUCGGUGCUAAAAGAUGUCCAGCAGAAGUGAGUGGUUGUGGCGCCAGUUGUUCGGCCCGCGGCGACUACAACGGCGUCCCGCCCGCGGCCGUGGCCCGCGCCUGCACGCGGGACCUCGUCAACCACAUGCUGGCCGUCGCCGCCAUGGACCGCGCCGCCUGCCUCGACACGGACCACAAGCAGGGACGCUUACUAUGCUUAGACGGCGGUGGUAUCCGAGGUUUAGUAUUAGUCCAAGUGUUGAUCAAUCUAGAAGAGGCAGUAGGCAGGCCUAUAGUCCAUUGCUUCGACUGGAUAGCUGGCACCAGCACUGGCGGGAUCCUGGCACUGGCUCUGGCAAGUGGGAAGUCUCUGAGGGAGUGCCAGAGACUGUAUUUCAGAAUGAAGGAGUUCGCGUUUGUUGGUAUGCGGCCUUAUCCAUCAGAGGCCCUGGAAACUAUUCUAAAGGAAUGUUUGGGUACUGAAACGGUUAUGGCAGAUAUAGAACACCCAAAGCUAAUGAUUUUAGCUGUGUUAGCGGACAGAAAGCCGGUUGACCUGCAUUUAUUCAGGAACUAUAAAUCUGCUCAAGAAAUACUUGAUGAACACAAUGGGACACAGUGUCCCCGCGCGGAGGCGGGCGACCAGGCGUCAGUGGUGUCGCUGUCGUCGCCGCCGCCGCCCGCCGAGCAGCUGGUGUGGCAGGCCGCGCGGGCCACCGGCGCGGCGCCCUCCUACUUCCGGGCCUCGGGCAGAUACUUAGACGGUGGUCUCAUGGGUAAUAACCCUACACUGGACGUAUUGACAGAACUCACAGAGUUGAACCUUGCAUUACGAGCCACUGGACAACACGAAGAAGCAAAGAAAACCAACCUUAAAGUUGUUGUAUCCUGUGGCACAGGUCUCAUACCUGUCACAAAAUUGAAUGACAUAGACGUCUUCAAACCGGAGAGUCUGUGGGACACAGCUAGACUCGCUUGGGGACUGUCCGCUAUCGGAGGUCUUCUUGUCGACCAGGCCACGCAGUCGGACGGGCGCGUGGUGGAGCGCGCGCGGGCGUGGUGCGCGGGGCUGGGCGUGCCGUACUACCGGUUCGCGAGGCAGAUGUGUAUGUGUGUGUGUGCGUGCAGGCCACGCAGUCGGACGGGCGCGUGGUGGAGCGCGCGCGGGCGUGGUGCGCGGGGCUGGGCGUGCCGUACUACCGGUUCGCGAGGCAGAUGUGUAUGUGUGUGUGUGCGUGCAGGCCACGCAGUCGGACGGGCGCGUGGUGGAGCGCGCGCGGGCGUGGUGCGCGGGGCUGGGCGUGCCGUACUACCGGUUCGCGAGGCAGAUGUGUAUGUGUGUGUGUGCGUGCAGGCCACGCAGUCGGACGGGCGCGUGGUGGAGCGCGCGCGGGCGUGGUGCGCGGGGCUGGGCGUGCCGUACUACCGGUUCGCGAGGCAGAUGUGUAUGUGUGUGUGUGCGUGCAGGCCACGCAGUCGGACGGGCGCGUGGUGGAGCGCGCGCGGGCGUGGUGCGCGGGGCUGGGCGUGCCGUACUACCGGUUCGCGAGGCAGAUGUGUAUGUGUGUGUGUGCGUGCAGGCCACGCAGUCGGACGGGCGCGUGGUGGAGCGCGCGCGGGCGUGGUGCUCGGGGCUGGGCGUGCCGUACUACCGGUUCGCGAGGCAGAUGUGUAUGUGUGUGUGUGCGUGCAGGCCACGCAGUCGGACGGGCGCGUGGUGGAGCGCGCGCGGGCGUGGUGCGCGGGGCUGGGCGUGCCGUACUACCGGUUCGCGAGGCAGAUGUGUAUGUGUGUGUGUGCGUGCAGGCCACGCAGUCGGACGGGCGCGUGGUGGAGCGCGCGCGGGCGUGGUGCGCGGGGCUGGGCGUGCCGUACUACCGGUUCGCGAGGCAGAUGUGUAUGUGUGUGUGUGCGUGCAGGCCACGCAGUCGGACGGGCGCGUGGUGGAGCGCGCGCGGGCGUGGUGCGCGGGGCUGGGCGUGCCGUACUACCGGUUCGCGAGGCAGAUGUGUAUGUGUGUGUGUGCGUGCAGGCCACGCAGUCGGACGGGCGCGUGGUGGAGCGCGCGCGGGCGUGGUGCGCGGGGCUGGGCGUGCCGUACUACCGGUUCGCGAGGCAGAUGUGUAUGUGUGUGUGUGCGUGCAGGCCACGCAGUCGGACGGGCGCGUGGUGGAGCGCGCGCGGGCGUGGUGCGCGGGGCUGGGCGUGCCGUACUACCGGUUCGCGAGGCAGAUGUGUAUGUGUGUGUGUGCGUGCAGGCCACGCAGUCGGACGGGCGCGUGGUGGAGCGCGCGCGGGCGUGGUGCGCGGGGCUGGGCGUGCCGUACUACCGGUUCGCGAGGCAGAUGUGUAUGUGUGUGUGUGCGUGCAGGCCACGCAGUCGGACGGGCGCGUGGUGGAGCGCGCGCGGGCGUGGUGCGCGGGGCUGGGCGUGCCGUACUACCGGUUCGCGAGGCAGAUGUGUAUGUGUGUGUGUGCGUGCAGGCCACGCAGUCGGACGGGCGCGUGGUGGAGCGCGCGCGGGCGUGGUGCGCGGGGCUGGGCGUGCCGUACUACCGGUUCGCGAGGCAGAUGUGUAUGUGUGUGUGUGCGUGCAGGCCACGCAGUCGGACGGGCGCGUGGUGGAGCGCGCGCGGGCGUGGUGCGCGGGGCUGGGCGUGCCGUACUACCGGUUCGCGAGGCAGAUGUGUAUGUGUGUGUGUGCGUGCAGGCCACGCAGUCGGACGGGCGCGUGGUGGAGCGCGCGCGGGCGUGGUGCGCGGGGCUGGGCGUGCCGUACUACCGGUUCGCGAGGCAGAUGUGUAUGUGUGUGUGUGCGUGCAGGCCACGCAGUCGGACGGGCGCGUGGUGGAGCGCGCGCGGGCGUGGUGCGCGGGGCUGGGCGUGCCGUACUACCGGUUCGCGAGGCAGAUGUGUAUGUGUGUGUGUGCGUGCAGGCCACGCAGUCGGACGGGCGCGUGGUGGAGCGCGCGCGGGCGUGGUGCGCGGGGCUGGGCGUGCCGUACUACCGGUUCGCGAGGCAGAUGUGUAUGUGUGUGUGUGCGUGCAGGCCACGCAGUCGGACGGGCGCGUGGUGGAGCGCGCGCGGGCGUGGUGCGCGGGGCUGGGCGUGCCGUACUACCGGUUCGCGAGGCAGAUGUGUAUGUGUGUGUGUGCGUGCAGGCCACGCAGUCGGACGGGCGCGUGGUGGAGCGCGCGCGGGCGUGGUGCGCGGGGCUGGGCGUGCCGUACUACCGGUUCGCGAGGCAGAUGUGUAUGUGUGUGUGUGCGUGCAGGCCACGCAGUCGGACGGGCGCGUGGUGGAGCGCGCGCGGGCGUGGUGCGCGGGGCUGGGCGUGCCGUACUACCGGUUCGCGAGGCAGAUGUGUAUGUGUGUGUGUGCGUGCAGGCCACGCAGUCGGACGGGCGCGUGGUGGAGCGCGCGCGGGCGUGGUGCGCGGGGCUGGGCGUGCCGUACUACCGGUUCGCGAGGCAGAUGUGUAUGUGUGUGUGUGCGUGCAGGCCACGCAGUCGGACGGGCGCGUGGUGGAGCGCGCGCGGGCGUGGUGCGCGGGGCUGGGCGUGCCGUACUACCGGUUCGCGCCGCAGAUGUCUCGCGACGUGCCCAUGGACGAGCGCGGCGACGACGUGCUGGUCACCAUGCUGUGGGAGGCGCACUCCUACAUGUACGCGCAGCGCGACCAGGUCAAGGAGCUCGCCGCGCUGCUCGCGCACACAGAGACAGCCAUGGCAAAGUAAUCUGCAAUCACAAGGAGCAUACUCCAACCACUACAUAGUGAGUUUCGCAUAAUAUAUUAAUAUAUAAAGUAUCUAAUUAAAUAAAUUCAGAUAUAAAUAGGCAGGGUUUAGUUAGGUAAUCUUUUCGUUACAGGUAUUUAUUAUAGAAAAUUAUUUUUUCGUUUCACGUUGACAAUUAUAACAUAUAAGUUUUACACAUUCCUUUAAGGAAAUUUAUUUUUUAUUUAAACUCUCAUCACAAUAAUAAAAAUGAAACAAUAAUAAUAUGAUCUCUAGUUCACUUUUAGUUAUUUAUUUUUACAAAAAAAAAGUUUGAACUUCCCCAUUUCUACAAGAAUGUAAUUAAUCUUUGUACUUACCUUCUUUAAGGUAAUUAUCUUGCGCAAAUAUAAACUAUAAUUGUAAAUGAGUAUAAUAUACCUUGCUUGUGCAUAAGAAGUAGAAAUUUUAGUAUUAACGUUUGACAUGCAACUUAGAUUAUCUUUAACCAGCUGCUCUUUACUGAAAAUAAAGUGUUAUACACAAUUAUGUGUACACGACUUUAAGCAGCAAAAAAAUGACAAGGUAUACCUUAUACAAAACGGAGUUCAAUUUAGUGCCUUGAAAAGGUGUUCCAAAAAUAUCCCCAAAGCAAUGAACAACAUUUUGUUUUUAUUUAUUUAGUUGUUGUAAGUACGUAUAAAUGUCACAAGUCAAACAUAUUUUCUGUUCGUUGUUAGUAAUUAUAAUAAUUGUUGACAUGUUUUAUUUAUUAAUUAAAUACUUCAAGUACGUUCUUCGCAAUGGCAACACUUCGCAAUAUUGCGUCAUUAAUAUUAAGUGUUGCCAGUUAUGCACUUAGAUGUUGUAAUCUUAGUGAUUAUGGUUGCAGGAUAGCAUUUUAUUGUAUAAUUUAAUAUAUAAGCUGUUGAUGUGUCGUGUUAUUAAUUAAUGUCGGGCUACUAUAUGGGUAUUAUGCAAUAACAAUAAGCCAUGUGAUCUUGUUUAUUGUAUUAUCGCCAUUAUAGAAAAUAUUGCAUUUUCUGUACUCAUUGCUUACCGAUGAAAUAAUAAAGUGAUGUACCACUGUACCAGCAAUAAUCUUUGAAUAUCGAUAAGAGUUUUCAUUCUUGCUUAAAUGUAUACAGUAACAUCGGUAUUAUGUUUAAAAGGCAUUUUGUAGCGAUAAAAAUGGUUUUACUUUUGGAAGAUAGUAAUUUCAUGUAAUUUUAAUUAAUUUAACAUAUUGAUGUAGAUUCUUACAAAUUUCAAACCAACAUUGUUAAGGACUUACUCCGGUUCUAUAAAAUUUUAUAUUUAAUGGUAUUUAGUUAGAAUGUACUGAAUUAAUAAAUAUUUUUUCCUCAGAAAUGCCUUACAUAUACACAGUAAAUUGCCUUCAAUAAGACCACUAUACCAGUAUAUAAUAAUAUAAAUUAUUAGAUUUAUUAAAAAGGUAUAAAUGCAAUAAUUAUAAUGUGCUUGUGUGAUUGUAAUCAAUUCAUGUCAUUUAAUGAAUACAUACGCGGAAUAUCUGGAGUGAUAAAAAAAGUUAAGUAUUGCUAUAAUGCAAAAUGAUAUGGGCAGUAAGUGAACUUUUGAUCGUUGAUGUGAAUUUAUAUUAACAAACAAUAGAAAUUCGACAAAUUUAUAAAAGUAACCAUUCGUGUCGAUAAUUCACUCGACUUUGAAAUUGGUCUUUCGAUUAUAUGUUGUAUUUUGUAAGUAGGAUAUAUAUCAUCGCUUUUACAAGUCAUAAUUUCCAUUUCCUACGGAACUACCCUGAGAAGAAAUGUCAAAACUCAGGGGUCGCUGUGUCUUUUAAAUUAUUUUAUUAAAACUCUGAUUUUGAAAUAUGGUCAUAAACAUAUUCUGAGUUUUAUGAAUGUGACUUGUCACUUCAUUUCAUUUGAGUGAUCUCUGCCAGCGUUAAGGUUUGUAGCUAAGUAAGGGAGCAGGUCUUGUGUGUAGUAAAACAAAUGUGUUUGAGCAAGAACCGUGGCAAGCUAAUAUAUAUAAUCUGUUUAAUAUAAAUGCAAUGUUGUGGCUAAUAUAUUGAUGACAGCCGGAUUGUGAUAAUUAAAUACAGUUCACUAAAUAUUGGUA